AUGAUGAAUUAUCUCCAAAGAAAAGGUGUUCAAGUCAACCGCAAGAAACUCAAUCACAUAGCAGAGGCUUACUACCCAGACACGAUCGCCGUAGUAAAUUGCAGUGGCAUUGGAGCGAGAAGUUUGGGUGGUGUAGAAGACACCAUGGUGUACCCCACGCGGGGACAGGUUGUGGUGGUAAAAGCACCACAUAUUCUGGAAAACAGAAUGUUCUGGGGUAAAGACUCGGCCACCUACGUCAUCAAGCGGCCAUAUUCCAACGAUCAAAUGAUUUUGGGUGGAUUUUUGCAGCAUGGUGACUGGACCCCAGAUACUCUCAAGGAACAAAGUGACGAUAUUUUGAACCGCACGACUAAAAUGUUUCCAAAAAUACUUUCUGAUAACAUCCAUGGUCCGAAUAUAGAAGAUUUAGAAGUUCUUCGUGUGGUUGCAGGACUCCGGCCAAGCAGAACCGGCGGAGUUAGAAUUGAAAAGCAAAAUUUUCAAAACAAAAUAUUGGUCCACAACUACGGAGCCAGCGGGUACGGCUACCAGUCUGGCUAUGCAAUGGGCCAGGAAGCAGCGAAGUUGGCUUUAGCAACACCCAAGUUGUAA